CGCCAAACAUAAUUCGAUCCAAGAGCGCUCUUUUGGCGCAUCGCAGCGACGUGUGCCGGGCGGAGACCGCGCAACCAAUCCCUAACGAGAAGUCGCGGCUUGGAAGCUCCGCCCAGUCGAUAAUGAAGCCCCUCCUUCCCGGCCGGGGCCCUGGAAGGGCCCUCGGCGCAACGUCGUCCCGACGGCUUUGCGGCCGCAUCUGCCGUUUCUCCGUCGACUUGAUUGUCCAAGUGAAAUGACAGUGUGAAGUGUGUGUGUGUGUGUGUGUGUCUGUGUCUUGCUGGAGCCGUACGUCAUCGGUUCAGCGCGAGUGGAGACAGAAUUUAUGAUCGAGGUGUGAGGAUGUGUGAUCCGCCACCUGAGCUGGAAGUGCGUCCGGAGAUCGAAGCGGUCGCAGCCAAGCGGCCUCUCGAAGCCGGUGUACGACUCGGACCUGUACCUGAACCACGGGAUUCUUCAGACGAGAGCUGUCCCCCACCAUGGACGUGGUUUUUGCGAAGAGCCCAGAACGGCGACGACGGUAACGCUACCCUGGUGGCUAAACGCGGAAAGGUGUUCCUGGACAUAACACGAGCUGUGGGAGCAGGACAGGAGAUCCUAGUGUCCUCGCUGGAUCCUUCAUCGGACGCCGCCGGAGAAGACAACCUCGCUGAUGGAUCAGAGGAGGACGAGCCUCAAGACCGUGCUGGCCCCUUUGGCUACGCUGCUGAUGCAAGGAUCCAAGAGCAAUCGAGCCGGUGCCGUGGUUCAUCCGACGGUGAACGAGAAUUUCGUUGCGCCCAUUGCCCCAAAGUGUUCAGCUGGAAAAGCAACCUGAUACGGCACCAAGUGGCCCACGACGUGACACGUCGCUACGUGUGCGAAAGCUGUCGCAAGGUCUUCACGGACCCUUCGAAUCUGCAACGGCACGUGCGGUCUCAGCACGUGGGAGCCCGAUCGCACGCCUGCCAAGAGUGCGGCAAGACAUUCGCUACGUCCAGCGGCCUCAAGCAGCACACCCAUAUCCACAGCAGCGUGAAGCCCUUUCGCUGCGAGGUCUGCUGCAAAGCCUACACUCAGUUUUCAAACUUGUGCCGCCACAAGCGCAUGCAUGCAACCUGCCGCAUGCAGAUUAAGUGUCACAAGUGUGGACAAGCCUUUGCAACUCUCACGUCGCUCGCUAAGCAUAAAAGGUUCUGUGACGGGGACAAAACUCCACCUCUGCUACUUCUGCAGUCUCGGUUUCCUCCUGUGGUGCCGCCUCUCUUUGGAUUUCCACUUCUCACGGCGCCGCCUCCACCGUCGUUGACGUCGGCAGAACCAGGCGGAUCGUCAUCGUCUUCGGAAGGACCCAUUUCCGACUCCGAAGACCCUCCGACGACCGACUCUGAAGAACAUUCCAUGGAAUUCCCUCGGCAACGAUCACCCAAGCAAGGUGCCGUAUGUCCCGAGCCCGCUCUCGGUGGCACGGCGGUUAGCCCGGGUCGACCUUCUGCCAGACCCGCAUCCCCUGAGAUGCCGUUUGACUUGUCCCAGAACAAGAUAGCGGAAGACAGACCUGAGUUCCAGUCUCGUAUAGAAGGCGCCGACGAACAACCCUUAGACCUCCGCGUUGGACGCAAAAGACCGACGUCUCCAGCGUCUAGUCCGGUCCAACAAGUCCGAGACUCCCCUGCCUUCCCGAUGGCUUACCCGCGACCUGUUCCUCCAGGCAUGUUCUUCGAGUCUGUGUACCGCGUACCUGCGGAGAAGGCUCUAGCAAUGUUUCCAAGCCCCGAACGACUCCUACCAUUCCAACCGCGCUUCUCUUUUCUUAGUCCUCUGCUUGGCGGAGGUGGUCCAACAUUCGACCUCCUUCGAGCACAAAUGGACAAACUACAGCAACAUGGCGUUAAAGCCCUUGAACCCUCGGGACCUCCGCUUGGUGCACGUCCUAGAGAGCGUUACUCAUGCAAGUUCUGUGGCAAGGUGUUUCCCAGGUCGGCAAACCUAACGAGGCAUCUACGAACACACACGGGAGAACAGCCUUACAAGUGCAAGUAUUGCGAGCGAUCGUUUAGCAUCUCGUCCAACCUUCAGCGUCACGUACGCAAUAUUCAUAACAAAGAGAAACCCUUUAAGUGUCCCCUUUGCGAACGUUGCUUUGGACAGCAAACAAAUCUAGAUCGGCACCUCAAGAAGCACGAGUCCGAUGGUCCCUCCAUCCUGGACGACUCGCCCAAGGAUGACGAAGCAUACUUCGAUGAAAUAAGAAGUUUCGUCGGCAAAGUCACCACAGCAAGUCAAGGCGACCCAGAUGACGUAGAAGAAGACGAACCGAAGCGUCGUUCGCUAUCGACAUCAUCUUCCCUGGACGAUGUCCCAACCGCGAACGGGGACAUUGUGUUGUGGGCGCGGAAUGACGAUGUGAUAGACGCCAGUCUGUCCGGUCGACCGCCAAGUGCCCCUGAAGCCGUGGAGUGUCCAGCCGUCCACUGAGUGUCCGGUGUGAAACCCAAGAGUACAAAGCCGAGCUGGCAGUUUCCAAAUGUCCCGCCUGCCGCUAAAGCUAGUCACUCGCAGAGGAUAAAACGCAUUCUGCUGCGUGUGUGCGUGGCGCAAGAAAGAACCUUUGAAGGUCAACGUUAUUCGGUUCUGGCAGAUCUCAACCCUUGGGAACUUUGUAUAGGAAUGUCGGUGUGCAAACUACUCUCAUCCUGCAAGCUUCUUCGUCACAUACUUUUUUUUCAGACGGGCGCAUACAUGCAGCAGAAUGCUCGGAAAUGCGUCCUCUGGUUUCAAAAACAACGGCUCGUGGAACUGUGUUGUCUUAUUUAACCUUUGUAUAAAAAAACUCUUCUACAGUG